UCUCGUUUUUUUUUUUCACCAUAUAGAAUCUCUCUCUCUCUCUCUGUCUCUUUCUUAUAUGCUUUUCUAUUUUUCACUUUUAAGAUAAUCAAAUUCUCUAGAGAGAAAAGAAAAAAAAAAUGGGGCACCAUUCUUGUUGCAACAAGCAGAAGGUGAAGAGAGGACUAUGGUCACCAGAGGAAGAUGAGAAACUGAUCAACUAUAUUACAACCUAUGGCCAUGGUUGCUGGAGUUCAGUCCCUAAACUUGCAGGCCUGCAAAGAUGUGGAAAGAGCUGCAGAUUAAGAUGGAUAAAUUACUUAAGACCUGAUUUGAAACGUGGGAGUUUCUCACCACAAGAAGCAGCUCUCAUCAUUGAACUCCAUAGUAUUCUAGGCAACAGAUGGGCACAGAUAGCGAAGCAUCUACCUGGAAGGACUGAUAAUGAAGUGAAGAACUUUUGGAAUUCAAGUAUCAAGAAGAAGCUAAUCUCCCAUGAUCAUGUCCCAGCUUUGGCUUCUUUCGCUGAUGUUCAUAGCUCAAACCAUACGGAGGAAGCUGGUUUCAUCUCUCUAAAUGCAAACCCUAAUUUGAUCCUCACUGCUCAACAAGACCAGCUUUAUCUUUCCCCCACAGCACCUGUUCUACAAAGUUUCUGUCACCAUGCAGAUUUGGUUCACCAUCAUUUCCCCUUGACACCAAUGCUCCCACCGCCACCACCCCCUUCAAAUACAGCUUCCUUCGACCCUGCAUGGACAUUACCCUUUGGACCUCAACAUGAUCAAGAUGAUGAUCAACAUCAUCAAGUCCAAGUUUUCAACAAUGAAGCAGCUCAAAACUUUGUAAGUGACAAGCUUAUGAAUCCACCUUUCGACAAUCCGUUAAUGGGUCCUCCAACAGUGCCGAAACUCUGUGAAAUCCUUGAAGGGAACAUGGUGUGCAACAUUCCACAAACAUCAUCGGUUUCAUUAGAAAACAAUAUCGACCCACUAGUCUCCAGGCUAUCCUCAUGUUUCCCCCCGAUACCUGCCGGUUCAAACUAUGCACAUGACAUGCAGGUGGGGGCAAGCCAGAUGGAGUACAUUGAUACCAUCAUCACAUCAAUACCCUCAUCUUCAUCAUCAUCGUCCUUAUCGGCAUUAUCCAGCGGGCAGUAUUUGACAAACCCUAAUCUUCCUUCAAGCAGCUGGGACCCUUAGACAGGCAUGGCGGAUUUCAUCACAUCUUAUAUUAUAAUUUGGAGUGGAUUUAGCUAGGUAAAAGCAUUUAUUUUCUUGAAAUAUAAUAUAUUAUAUAUGCAUAAAAUAUAUAUAAAAAUAUAUAUGUAAAAUGCAGGAUCGGUCCAAUAUAUGAGAGAAAAUCAAAUACUAAAUGUUAGUAAUUCAGAUAUUCAGCGAGGAUAAUGCUAUCUUGAUGAUGUUCCAUAAAUAAAUAUGUAGGUUAUUCAUUUCACAUAUUACUCUUCCAGAAUAUAUUUGUGUAUCAGUUUCUUCUUCUUCUUCUUCUUCUUCUUCUUCUUCU